AUGUCGCUUCAUGUCCACGACCCACGGUCGGGCGACCGCUCCAAGUCCCCUGGCCGCAGCCGCGAGCGCUCCCGGUCGCGCGACGGCCGAGCCCCCGACCCCUCGCCCUCGAUGCCUCGCUCGCGAUCCCCGGCCGUCGAGAUCGCGCCCAAGUCCUCGUUCUCCAGGGACUAUGACCUCCCGCGCUCGCGCUCCCCGGUCGUCGAGAUCGCGCCCAGGUCGGCCAAGUCGUCGCGGGACUUCGACCUCGACGAGGAGGCCGAGAUCGAGCGCCAGUAUAAGCUGAUCAAGGAGAGCCGCCUGCGUGACCCGGAUGAGGUCCAGGGUAAUGUGGUCGCGCGCAUCCCUCGAAGCCCGGGCCGCUAUGAUGUCGAGCGUUCGGGCUCGGACUCGGACCGCAGGCGGCGCAACGGCCGUGAGCCAGAGAAGACGCGCCAUCACCGCGAGGAUUCUCGGUACGAACAUUCAGACUCGGAAGAUGAUAGGAGAGUUGUGCGGCCGAGAGACUCGCGCGAUCCUCGGGAUCCGAGGGACUCGAGAGAGUCGCGCGAGUAUACGAGCCGGUCGCAUCAGCGCCGGCCUUCGUCUCCGCCUGGCCGUGAUACCCGACUAAACGACUCCGACGAGGAUUCAGAGGACGGGCUGGCGUAUGGGGAUAGCCUGGGCAGCCAUCCGAGCUACUCGCGACCGAACAAGUACCAGUAUGCGCAGCCCUCGCAGCCCUCGCACUCCCAGCCCGGUGCGCCGCGCCAGCAUGGCCAUCCGGAUCCCAAGUUGGACUGGGCUCCUAUCCCGGAAUGCGAGCGCCCAGGCUUCGUGCCGCCAUCAUCCCACCCCAUGUCGCAGCCCGGUGUGCCGUCUACGAUGCCCGGAGGGUUCCCUACGAGCUCGACGUAUGCCGAUAUCCCCGCGACGACGGCCCCCUCGUUCCCAAUGCCGCAGUAUGCAGGUCUUCCUGCGCAACAGCAGAUCCCGUAUGCAUACGCUUCGUCUGGUCCUUAUUCCCCGUCGCAUUAUCGCACUGCCUCGGCCAGCGAUGCUGCUUACCCUUCUCCGCCUGGCCAGUAUGCCCACCCGGCCCAGUAUCAAUAUGCACAAAUUGACCCCAAUAUUCGAUAUGCCUCCAAAGCGACCCCCAAGCAACCCUAUACCGCAUCACCGCAGGAGCAGUUUGCCAAGCCACAUGAGCCACAGGCGGUCUACCCGUACAAGUAUAGCAAUGAUCCUCAGUUUGGACAGAAGCAGCCGCCGCCACCGCAGCAUCCACCGCAGCAUCCACCGCAGCAACUCCAACCCCAGUACGGACACGGUCACCCACCUCAGCACCAACCGCAGCUCGUGGAGAUUACUCCUGGCGGGGGCCGGGGCCGUCCGCAUAGCCUGUCGGUGUCCUCGGCGAAUACCCUCAUGGUUGGCGGAGGCCACAGCCUACACGCGGGCCACCCGCCAGCUAGCCCGUUGCUGGAGGCCUAUCACGGCACCUACCAGUCCAUUUCACCCAUGCCCUCUCCCAUUGUCAUGCCGGCGGGUGACGACGACAUCUCCGAUUUCGAGCAGCUGGAUGGAGGCGCAUCGAAUUCCGAAUCAGGACGCCGCAAGAAGCACAGCCGCUCCAAGUCCUCCAUCAGCGAGAAGGAAGCCCGCCCCCGCAGCAGCAAGGAGAAGAUCAAGGAGAAAGAGAAGGACCGCGAUGAUCGCAGCAAAGACGACAAGCGUCGCAGCCGCCACGACCGCCACGACUCCAGCGCCGACCGCGACCGGGAAAACAUGGUCGUCAUCUCACCUACCUCCGGCCGCAAGCGCGUCUCCUUCUACGACGCCGGCGCCGACGCCGCCGACAUGCAAGCCGCCCUCAAUCACACCCGCACCAUCGACAACAAGGCCAUCCUCCAGAUUCUCCCCCGCCUCACUAGCGACGAGAUCCUCCUCCUGCGCACCGAAUACAAGAACCGCGUCAAAAUGCACGGCAAGGGCAUCAACCUCGCCAAACACCUUCGCCUCAAGCUCGGCAAUUCUUCCUUCGGCAAGGCCGCCUACGCCACCGCCCUCGGCCGCUGGGAGUCAGAGGCGUACUGGGCCAACUGCUACUACCAGGCUGGCACGUCGCGCCGCGAGCUGCUGAUCGAGUCGUUGAUCGGCCGCUCCAACGCCGCCAUCCGCGAGAUCAAGUCUUGUUUCCGGGAUACCCGGUACAACGAUAGUUUGGAGCGCUGCAUGCGCGCGGAGCUGAAGGCAGAUAAAUUCCGGACGGCUGUGCUGCUUGCGCUGGAAGAGCGGAGAAUGGAGGAGCGCGAGCCGUUGGAUGCACGGCUUGUUCGGCAGGAUGUGCAGGAUUUGCAUCGCGCGCUGGUCUCCAAGGAGGGCGGCGAGACGGCCAUGAUCAAUGUUAUUGUGCUGCGGAGCGAUGCACAUCUGCGCGAGGUACUGCGUGAGUACGAGGCUGGUUAUCGGCAGAACUUUGCCCGCGCGAUGAUUGCCAAGUCGCGCAAUUUGGUGGGCGAAACACUGGCUCACAUUCUCAACGGCGCCAUUAACCGGCCCAUGCGCGACGCCCUGCUCCUCCACCAGGCGGUUCGCGAGUCCCGCACCGGCCGCGAGCGCUCCGAGCUGCUGAUCUCCCGGCUGGUGCGGCUGCAUUGGGAGCCGCGACACCUCGAGCAGGUGAAGACGGAGUAUCGGCGACGGUAUAAUGAGCGGGUGGAGGAGGCGAUUGCCGAGGAGGUUAUGAGCUCGAGCGGGGGUGGAGAGUGGGGGGAGUUUUGUAUUGAGUUGGCGAGGAGCUCGGCUUGA